AGGAGGACUGCCAGAGAUGCAGUGGACGCACAUUUAAUCGACUCGACGUUCCAUAUCGCAACGUCUUCGAGAAACAGGGACAGAGCGAAGUCCUUGUACUUCUAGGUAACGUAUUGCAUCUAUACCGACACUAUGAUCAAUACUAGGUGACCGCCCGCCCAUGUUUUCACCCCUGUGCAUUUGCGCGCGCUCUCUAAAGAAUAUUUUACGAAGAUAAUCUGAGUAUCGAUCCGAGCAGAGGGCGCGUACGACACUAUAUUUGACCAGUCCUUAGACUCGCUGUUGAGUGAUACACACGCCUGGAGUUGUCAGAAGCCCAUUUCUUCUUUCGGGCGAAAGACAGGCUUCGCAUUCUCUUUACGAAGUGAAGCGGUGGUUUCGCUUCCAGUUAAAACCACUGAAUUGCUAAUUUUACAUGAGAACAAACUUCGAAUGUCUUCGUAACUUGUGACUGAAGCGGAAAACGACAAUAUUUAGCAAAAUAACCCGCCUGAACUGUUUACGGUCGUGUGCUCUGUUCAAUGUCUUUUUCAGUUUUGUACUGCAUUUUGGAGGAAUUUAUAUUGGAAAAAACAUACUCGGUCUGUAGGUUUUGCGCGCAACUCCCAGCUGUGCGAUGGUACAAUGGUUCGUUGCUGUUUGUGUGCUCAUACUGGUGGCCUGUCUGUGGACAACUUUGCGCUAUCUCCGAUCGGGAAGUCUGCCUACUGCGCUCCUCCGUGGACUGCGAUGGGACCGCUCUCGGCGCCCAACGAGGGACUGCUGGCCAAACCGGUGCCGCUCUGCUCACAGCUCUGAUGAUGCCCCAGCGGAGGGGGCAGACGCGGUCAGGUUGAUUUGCAAGCCGUCUGCUCUGGCUAGUCACCUCGUCAAGAACUGCCCGACUUUCUCACAUUUUCCUUUUGGGUCGAAAUGGAGCUGGCGGGCGAACCCUUUCCUGCAGACGGUUUUCGGCGCCUGUUGGAUCUCCGACAGCACAGUGCACUUCGUGCGAGACCACCUGCAGAUGAGCGACGGCGGGUUGGUGGCGCUGGACUGGGCUGUAGCGGGGUCGGCUUGGCACAAGCGGAGGAGGACGACCAGUAAUUCCACUAACCCCGUUCUCCUCAUCAUCCCGAACUCCUUCGGAAAAAUCACCGGGAAUGUGUUGAAGCUGUGUGAGGAGGGCCUGCAUCAUGGCUACCUCCCGGUGCUGUUUAACCGGCGUGGGCAGAACGGCACUCCUCUGGCCACGGCGCGGCUGCAGCAGUUUGGGGACCCGGCUGACCUGAGGGAGGCGGUGUGUUACAUCCGGUACCGGCAGCCUGCGAGCCGGCUGUACGCAGUGAGCGAGAGCACGGGCUCUGGCCUGCUCCUGUCCUACCUGGGCGAGUGUGGGUCCUCCAGCUACCUGACUGCGGCCGGCUGCAUCUCCCCCAUCCUGCGCUGCCAGGCCUGGUACGACAGCACCACCCACUGGCCCUACAGCGCCGCCCUGCUGCUCUACCAGAAGAUCAGCCUCAGCAGGUACAGGACGGCUCUGGGGGAGGCACUGUUCUCCUGCAGUUCCCUGCGUAGCCUGGAGGAGGCACUGUUCUGCAGGGCAGCAGAGGGCAGGGCCAGCUUGGAGGGGGGUGGGGCAGAGGGUGGGGCCUUCUGGGAGCAGUACUGGGAGCGUAACGAGGCUUUGCGGGAUGUGGACGAGGUGGCGGUGCCCGUGCUGAGCGUGUGCAGCCGGGACGACCCGGUGCGUGGCGAUCCGAUGGGAACGCUGCCUCUGGAGCUUUUCCGGAGCAACCCCCACCUGUUCCUGCUGCUCACCGGGGGGGGCGGGCACUGCGGCUUCGCCACGCCCACCGGCAGCUGGAGCCACUGCGCCCUGCUGCAGUUCUUCCAGUCUGCCACCGACUUCUGCAGCUCCCAGGAGCGUGUGCGGCGGGUCAGCAGGGCCGUCCGCCAUCACAGCGGCAGCACCUGCAGGAAGCCCCCGCCCUGCCCCCCUGCCGCCCGGGCCUGCCCCCCUGCCACCCUCACUUUCUCCAGCUGGCAAAGGUCCUACACCCGCUGA